GGGUUGCAAGCAAUUAGGUGUCCCCCAGGACUAUACUUUGACAUAGAAGCUCAGACAUGCAAUUGGAAGGACCAGGUGAACAAUUGCAACAAGAAGAACAAGGACAGAAGAGCCAAACCCUUGUUGGCUACUGAGGAGCCCAUUUGUCAGGAGGAUUACUUGGCCUGUGGAGAUACCACAUGUAUUCCAAGGAAGCAGUUCUGUGAUGGCACUGAGCAAUGUGCUGAUGGCUCAGAUGAGGCUUCCUGUGGACUAUACUUUGACAUAGAAGCUCAGACAUGCAAUUGGAAGGACCAGGUGAACAAUUGCAACAAGAAGAACAAGGACAGAAGAGCCAAACCCUUGUUGGCUACUGAGGAGCCCAUUUGUCAGGAGGAUUACUUGGCCUGUGGAGAUACCACAUGUAUUCCAAGGAAGCAGUUCUGUGAUGGCACUGAGCAAUGUGCUGAUGGCUCAGAUGAGGCUUCCUGUGAUAUCAACAAUGACCCCAACCGAGCCCCAGUGUGCAACCCGGAGAUCUGCACGAUCCCCGAGUGCUUUUGCUCGUUGGACGGCACGGCAGUGCCUGGGAACUUGGAUCCCCAAAAGAUCCCGCAAAUGGUGACGCUGACGUUUGACGACGCUGUCAACGUGGCCAACAUUGAGUUGUACAAUGAGAUUUUCAAUGGACAACGAGUGAAUCCCAACGGGUGCGGAAUGAAGGCCACUUUUUUCGUGUCUCACAAGUACACCAAUUACUCUGCAGUCCAGGACAUGCACCGACGUGGACACGAAAUUGCUUCUCACUCCAUCACGAGGAUUACUUGGCCUGUGGAGAUACCACAUGUAUUCCAAGGAAGCAGUUCUGUGAUGGCACUGAGCAAUGUGCUGAUGGCUCAGAUGAGGCUUCCUGUGGUGAGUGGAUUUUGUUUACAUUUUGGAAUGGAUAUCAACAAUGACCCCAACCGAGCCCCAGUGUGCAACCCGGAGAUCUGCACGAUCCCCGAGUGCUUUUGCUCGUUGGACGGCACGGCAGUGCCUGGGAACUUGGAUCCCCAAAAGAUCCCGCAAAUGGUGACGCUGACGUUUGACGACGCUGUCAACGUGGCCAACAUUGAGUUGUACAAUGAGAUUUUCAAUGGACAACGAGUGAAUCCCAACGGGUGCGGAAUGAAGGCCACUUUUUUCGUGUCUCACAAGUACACCAAUUACUCUGCAGUCCAGGACAUGCACCGACGUGGACACGAAAUUGCUUCUCACUCCAUCACACACACCAACAACGAGACUUUCUGGUCACAUGCGUCCAUUGAUGACUGGGCCCGGGAAAUGGCUGGUUCCAGGAUCAUCAUCGAGAAGUUUGCCAACAUCACUGACAAUUCAGUCGUUGGCCUGCGUGCUCCUUAUUUGCGUGUUGGUGGAAACAACCAGUUCACGAUGAUGGAGGAGCAGGCGUUUUUGUACGACUCCACCGUGACGGCGCCUCUGACGAAUCCGCCGCUGUGGCCCUACACACUCUACUUCCGGAUGCCGCAUGCGUGUUACGGAAAUUUGCAGAAUUGCCCCACGAGGAGCCACGCUGUGUGGGAAAUGGUGAUGAAUGAGCUGGACAUGAGGGAGGAUCCCACGUUUGACGAAUCCCUGCCUGGUCAGUUUUGA